CUCACUGCCCACACAACUGCGCGCCCCGCCCCUUUCGGACCGCUGCUGCCAUCCUGCCGGCCCAAGCAUGGCGCUGCCAAUGUGGAUCCUGUGCACCUGCGCCAUCACGCUCACUCUCAACAUCGCCCCCUCUGAUCAAGCUUUGGGUCGCUCCAUGAUGCCCUUUGGCCUGAUGCGACGGGAGCUGGCGUGCGAGGGCUACCCCAUCGAGCUGCGCUGUCCAGGAAGUGACGUCAUCAUGAUCGAGACGGCCAACUACGGCCGCACCGACGACAAGAUCUGCGAUGCUGACCCCUUUCAGAUGGAGAAUGUGCAGUGCUACCUGCCUGACGCUUUUAAGAUCAUGUCACAAAGGUGUAAUAACCGCACACAGUGUGUGGUAGUGGCCGGGGCAGAUGCGUUUCCUGACCCGUGUCCAGGGACCUACAAGUACCUGGAGAUCCAGUAUGAGUGUGUGCCCUACAAAGUGGAUCAAAAAGUCUUUGUGUGUCCGGGGACUCUCCUGCGGGUCCAGGCGGCCAGCUCGCUCCAGGAGGCCGAGCACCAGUCUGGGGCGUGGUGCAAGGACCCGCUGCAGUCGGGCGACCGGCUCUACGUCAUGCCCUGGACGCCCUAUCGCACCGACAUGCUCUACGAGUACGCCUCGUGGGAGGACUUCCGCCAGAACCGAGCCACCACCACCUACAAGUUGCCAAACCGAGUGGACGGCACAGGCUUCGUGGUGUAUGACGGCGCGGUCUUCUAUAACAAGGAGCGCACGCGUAACAUCGUCAAGUACGACCUGCGCACGCGCAUCAAGAGCGGAGAGGCCAUCAUCGCCAACGCCAACUACCACGACACCGCCUUCCUACGGCUGGGGUAACAAAUCGACAUCGACCUGGCCGUGGGCGAGCGCUGCAAUGGGUCAUCAUACACCGAAUCCAACAACGGACGACUGGUGGUCAGCCAGGUCAACCCCUACACGUUGCGCUUCGAGGGCACCUGGGAGACGAGCUUCGACAAGCGGCUGGCGUCCAACGCCUUCAUGGCUUGCGGUGUGCUCUACGCCGUGCGCUCGGUCUACCAGGACGACGACAGCGAGGCCGGCGGCGACCUCAUCCUGUACGCGUACAACACCAACCGUGCGCGCGAGGAGCCCGUCCACAUCCCCUUCCCCAACCCGUACCAGUACAUCUCCUCCGUGGACUACAACCCACGCGACAACCAGCUCUACGUGUGGAACAACUACAACGUCCUGCGAUACCCGCUCCAGUUCGGACCGCCCGACCCCGCCUCCGGUGAGCCCCAGGUGGAGAAAGAGAGAGUGAGGGAGAAGGAGAGAGCCACCACCCAGGCGAGCAGCGCUGCCCCCAGCCGCCCGCUCUCCUCCACCUCCAGCCCGGCCACCUUGCGCCCGCUGCCCCCCACCUCGCACCCCAUCGGGGCCAUCAACAUGGGGCCCAAUAUGCGCCCUGCCCCCACCGUCGCCGCUGGAGGCCCCCCAGGCACGCGUCGGCCCCCACGACCCCCGGCCCAGGGCCCCGAGGCCAACAUGUGCGUGGCCACGGUGGUGCGCGGCGUCCAGUGGCCCACCACACAGAGGGGAGAGACCGUGGACCGGCCCUGCCCAAAGGGAUCACUGGGUAUCGCCUCCUAUCAGUGUCUGCUUUCCCCGGUGGUGUGGAACCCUCGUGGGCCAGACCUCAGCAACUGCACCUCUCCCUGGGUCAACCAGGUGGCCCAAAAGAUCAAGAGCGGGGAGAACGCGGCCAACAUCGCGGCGGAGCUGGUGAACCACACGGGCGGCCGCAUCCAUGCCGGCGACGUCAGCUCGUCCGUGCGUCUCAUCGAGCAGCUCCUGGACAUCCUAGAUGCACAGCUGCAGGCCCUCAAGCCUGGCCUCAAGGAGUCCGCCGCCCGCAACUAUGGCAAACUGCAGAAGAGAGAGCGGACCUGUCGGGCCUACAUCCAGGCGGUGGUGCAGACGGUGGAUAAUCUACUGCGCGUGGACGCUCUGGAGUCGUGUGGGACAUAAGACAGCACAAACGUUACAGCCACCAUGCUGCUGGACGUCAUGGAGAAGGGCGCCUUCCUGCUGGCCAACAACAUGUAUGGCAACCGCUUUGCCGACCGCGCCAACAACAUAGAUCUGGAGGUGCAUGUGCUGAACACAGAGAUGGACCUGCAGGACUUGUCCUUCCCUCAGAACUACACCAGCGACAGCAGCAUUCAACUCUCAGCCUCCACAGUCAAACAGUACAGCCGCAAUGGUCAGGUGAAGGUUGUGUUUGUGCUGUAUAAAAACAUGGGAGCCUUCCUGUCGACGGAGAACGCCACCGUCAAGAUGGAGCUGGGAUCAGGGACAGAGGGCCGAGUCCUGGCGGUCAACUCACACGUCAUCGCCGCCUCCAUCAACAAAGAGUCCAGUCGGGUGUUCCUCACCGAGCCCGUGGUCUUCACCCUCAAGCAUCUAGAGCUGGAGAACCACUACAGUCCAAACUGUUCUUUCUGGAACUACUCAGAGCGCUCCAUGACGGGCCAGUGGUCCUCUCAGGGCUGCAAGCUCCUGGACACCAACAGCACACACACCACCUGCUCCUGCAGCCACCUGACCAACUUCAUGUGCUUUGAUGCACACACAGACUACCCGGGCAGCAUGCACGAGCUGAUCCUGUUUGUGAUCACGUGGGUGGGCAUCGUCAUCUCGCUGGUGUGCCUGGCCAUCUGCAUCUCCACCUUCUGCCUGCUGCGGGGCCUGCAGACUGACCGCAACACCAUCCACAAGAACCUCUGCAUCAACCUCUUCAUCGCUGAGCUCCUCUUCCUCAUCGGCAUCAACAAGACCGACUACCCCAUGGCCUGCCCCAUCUUUGCUGGCCUGCUGCACUUCUUCUUCCUGGCGGCGUUCUCUUGGAUGUGCCUGGAGGGCGUGCAGCUCUACCUCAUGCUGGUGGAGGUGUUUGAGAGCGAGUACUCGCGUAAGAAGUACUAUUACCUGUGCGGCUACUGCUUCCCCGCCCUCGUGGUGGGCAUCUCAGCCGCCAUCGACUACCGCAGCUACGGCACCAAGAAAGCGUGCUGGCUGCGGGUGGAUAACUACUUCAUCUGGAGCUUCAUCGGCCCUGUGUCCUUCAUCAUCAUGCUCAACCUGGUGUUCCUCAUGAUUACGUUGCACAAGAUGGUGCGCAAUUCCUCCGCCCUCAAGCCCGACUCCAGUCGCCUGGACAACAUCAAGUCCUGGGCUCUAGGUGCAAUCGCUCUGCUCUUCCUCCUGGGCCUCACCUGGGCCUUUGGCCUCCUCUUCAUCAACGAGAACACCAUCAUCAUGGCCUACCUGUUCACCACCUUCAACGCUGUCCAGGGCAUGUUCAUAUUCAUCUUCCACUGCGCGCUCCAGAAGAAGGUGCACAAGGAGUACAGCAAGUGUCUUCGCCACUCGUACUGCUGCAGCCGCACGUCCACCACCAGCUCCCACGGCUCCCUGAAGAACUCGGCGCUGAGGGCCAACAACCGCUACUACAGCAGCAGCAGCCAGGCACGACACGCCGCCGCUCACAGACAAAGCCGGAUCCGGCGCAUGUGGAACGACACGGUACGAAAGCAGACCGAGUCCUCCUUCAUGGCUGGAGACAUCAACAGCACCCCCACGCUCAACCGUGCCACCAUGGGGAACCACCUCCUGACCAACCCAGUGCUGCAGACUCGCUCGGGCACUUCUCCCUACAACACACUCCUUGCCGAGAGCUUCACUCCCCCGUCUCCUGGAGUCUUCAACUCCACCGGGACUUUCCGAGAUCCAAAGAGUACGCUGGCGAAGACCCGGGACCCGUGUGGCAUGGAGACGCUCCCUCUCAACGGCAACUUUAACAACAGCUACUCGCUCCGCAGUGGGCCGGGGGCGGGCGGCGGAGCGGGCGGCAGCUGUGACUUCCUGGGCAGCGGGGUCAGGGGUCCCGAGAGCCCGCCGCCGCUGCUGAACCCGCGCGGCUCCGAGACGCUGGGCGGCAUCCGGCGGAACCUGUCGGACGCGGCGGCCUUCGAGAAGAUGAUCAUCUCCGAGCUGGUGCACAACAACCUGCGCGGCGGAGGAGGAGGAGGAGGAGGAGGAGGCCAUGGAGGUGCUGGUGGAGACCGGCUGGUGUACGGCAGCCUAGCCAGGCAUGCUCACGCCCACAACGGCGGUGGGGGCAUGCAGGGUGGCAUGGGCAUGGGCGUGGGCAUGAUGGGCCCAGAGCCGGGCAUGCUGGGCCUGGAGGAGGACGAGGACUACCUGUGCGGCGGCGGGGGGGGUCGCCAGCGGACGCCGCCGGACGUGGAGCUGCUCUACAAGGCCCUGGAGGAGCCGCUCCUGCUGCAGCGCGCCCAGUCCGUGCUCUACCAGAGCGACCCGGACGAGUCCGAGAGCUACGCGGCCGACCUCACCGAGAGCCUGGGCCACAGCGCCGGCCCCGGGAGCAGUAGCCAGGGCGGCCACGGUGGCGGCAGCGGUGGAGGAGGGUGCGGCAGCAACAACAGCGGCAGCGGCGCCCCGGAUUCGCCGGCGCGGGACUCGCUCUACACCAGCAUCACCAACCUGCGCGACUCACCCUAUCCCGACAGCAGCCCCGAGCCCCUGGAGGUGGUGCCACGCUCGGCACAGCCACCCGAGGAGCUCUACUACGGCUCGGGCCGGCCGGCGCAGCUGGGCUCGCGCGGAGCGCCCAUGCAGACCUUCUACCAGGCGGCGGCGAGCGCCCCGCGCCGGCCCAGCGGAGAGGGGGGACACGGCGGAGGAGCGCCAGGGCAGGAGCCGUCACACGGCGAGAAUGGAGAUGGACAGAUGCAGUUGGUCACCAGCCUGUGACUAUGAGGAAGAGGAGGAGGAGGAGGAGGAGGAUGAAGCAGAGGGCUGGGAGGGGGGAGGGGGCUGAUUUGGAUGAAGAUAAUGAUGAAGAAGAUGAUGAUGAUGAUGGUGGUGGACUAAGGUCCUUCCCCUCUUUUCUCUUAUCCCCAACUCCUCAGUGCGCGUUUCCUCUUCAUCAAUUGCCUUCUUCCCCCCUCGUUAAGUUCCAGCUACAGCUGAGGGUUAAGAGGGAGACAUGCAGCGCCAUGUGCAGUUGUGCCGUGUGUGCAGCUCUCACCCCUACUCUCCCCACAGCCGGGGGCUGGGACGGGCUGGCACACAACCCCACUGGGCUCACUCCCUCCUCCUCCUCCAGGUCCACACCCACAGUGCUCUCUAUCUCUCUCUCUCUCUCUCUCUCUCUCUAUCUCUCUCUCGUCAUCCCCCUUGACAUUCCACUUCAUCUCAGUCCCCCGGGACAUUUUAGUUUUACCCUCCUAAAUCCCUAUCUUUCUCUCUUUCUUUCUCUCUUUCUUUCUUUUCCCCCAUCAUCCAUUAUUUGAUGAGAGCUGUUAACUGUGGAGAUGGGGAGGGGGGUUAUGCCAUUAUAAGGUAAAGAGAGAGGAAAGAGACAGGAUCCUUCUGGAAAAAAAAUCCCCUCAGUGUUGCCAAAAAUACACUUUUUUUGAGCCAGAACGUGAACUAGAACAUCAACACACACACACACACACACACACACACACACACACACACACACACACACACACACACACACACACACACAUACACCUCUCACACCUGCACACACAUACACACAUACUCACAGUCAAAUCACACACACUGACAGAAGUGCUUGUUAUCGAACAUCAGAAGGUGUGAACAGAGACUCCAUGCCGAGGGGAUGCUGGACUGCUCUUCAGUGAAAAGGUAGCAGGAGCUGUCUCAGCCAAAUUGCCUUUUAUUUCUGAGAGCCAUGAUGGAGUGAACCGCCUCGGCCACGCCCAGCGCCAUGCCAACCGGGAGGUCAGGGGUCAGCCCCGCCCACCUGCCCGCCCUGUUUGACCCCCCACGGGGACACAUAGUGCAAUGAAUGAACAUUUUAUUUUUUUGUUAUUGUUGAUGUUGUUGUUUUGUUCCUGGCUUCUUUGAAUUUUCAAACGCCUCACUUAAAGUGACUGGAUUUGAGAGAGAGGACUGAACUCUCUCCCUCUCUACCUGAUUUUGUUGUUUGAGGUUGAAGGCAGGCAUACGACUGAGUCCUCGCUCACUGACAGAUGUUUAUAAAAGGUGGACUUGUAUGUGUUACUAUGACGAAGAGUCCACUCGUCCCUCCCAAGUCCUGCUGUAAGUCAAGCCUAACCUUGUACAUAGGAAUCACAUGACAAAGUAACUCUUCUCCUACGCUGUAAAUAGAGAAAAUGAAAAACAGUGCAUCAAAAGCAACAAAAAAAGAGUAACUGAACAGUUAUGAAAUACGGAUUUCUUGUACUGCAACAAAGAAAACUCAAAAGGAAAAAAAAGAAAACAAUAAAAAUGUUUUGGAGUUUGUGACCUGAAUGACGCUCUAUCUCUCCCUUCCUUCCCUCCCUUUCUUUCUCUCUCUCUCUCUCUCAACCUUGCGUGUCCUAUUAGUAAAUGACAGCGUCUGAGUGAUGGAGAGAGAAAGAGACUUGGGAAGACAGACAGAGAGAAUGAUUUUGCAUACAAAUGAAGGGCAGAAUCCCUUGCACAAUUUUAUGUAAUAUAAUCCAUGACAUGUUGUUAGUGUUGGACCUUUGACAUUCCCAGGGAAGGGGGAACUCAACCAGAGAGGGGUAUAAACAUCAUAAAUGUCACACUGUGCCUCAUGGGUCCAGUGAUGCAUCAUGGGUAACUAGACAGCAGCCAUAAUGGGGACUGUGAGUCUGGUGAUGUAGAAGAGAUGCCAUAGACAAAAGCAAAUCUAGCAGACAACAUGACACAGCGGGCUAUGUUGCUGUGCAAUGAAUGGUCCAAACGGACAGGAAUAAUUUAUACAAUAAAACCUUAAUUGCAUUUGACUGUUUCUAAUCAGUCAUGUCAGCUUCUAAUCAAUGGCGGAAACAACAGUGUAUCCACAAUUUAAUAUGCUGUAUGGAUGGAUGUGUCUUUGUUCAGAGGGGAGUGUGUGUGUGUGUGUUGUUUUUUUUUAUUAUGAGAACUGAAUACAUUUCCAUUCCAGAGGCUGUUUUUUAUUGGCUGCAUUGAAUCCACAUUAGUCUAGCACUGAAUCUUAGUAAAACCAUGUGUGUGUGUGACUGGGUGGCCGUGUCCACCUCUAGCCCAGACACCUUUCCAGUUCUUUAGGUAACUAGGCUACAUUACUGUAUGCUUGAGGGGGAAGUAGGUUUAGGUGACUACUUCAGUGGUAGUUUUGGUGUUAGGAAAGGUACUAUGAGUGCUCAACAAAGUUCCAACCAUCAGUAUGUGCAUCCAGAACUUAAUGAUAUCUUUAUUAGAUUGGAACUUUUAGUGUUGUGGAGACGAUUGAAUCUUUCCAUGCUGCAAAGAGACAAUUAUGAGUGUGAUUCAGCCUGAGAGUUCAAUCCCUCUUCUCUGUAUAAUAGACAGCCUUAUGCACACUCGUGGUAAACAGCAUUUCUAUCCAUAUUUAUUUGUUGACUUAUUUAUUUCGCCGUUUGCACAUGCUUUGCUUUGCUCCUCUGUUUCUCUUCACAUCUCUUUCUCUGUGAUUGGACUGCAAGGCUGAUAUGGGAUAGCUUCAGGGAAGAGGUGUUUUGAUGUAGGCCAGUGGAGCGUCCUCACGUCAUCCUCAGAUCAAUUGUGUAGCCUAGUGUGUAAGGCCAGAGCACUGCACAGAAGUCGGUCAUGGCCGGUAGGGCACCACCGCGCAGCUCAGUGUCAAAGGAAGUGCUUUGGUAUGUUUCCGUAACCGUCUCAGUUAUGAUAAGUCUUUCUCGCUUCCACUCUUGCCCUCUGGGACAGCUAGGCUACGGGGGAGUCUGCAAGAAAGAACAUGGAAACAUGUUUUUGAAGGACAAGUGUGCAAUGGGCUAGUGUGUGCAUCAGAAAAGAGCUCUCAGCUCUGAUGCACAGCAAGGGGUUUUCUGUCUGUCUUUCUGUCUGUUGGUGUUUAUGAAGUGUUUUUCACCUGGAAACCUUCCUCGGCUCGUGUAUCUUCCAAGGCUCCAAGUGAUCCAAGCGAACGUAUCAGUCAAGCUGUGUAUCGCAGCCAUGGACAGUCGGUUGACAAUUUGAAUGUAUUCUUUUAUCAGUCUGGGAUCUGUUAUAGCGCUCCGGUAAUCCUCCCAAGGACGGCGGUGCAAAUGAAGGCCGCCACUGCUCCCAGCGCCCGGUCCCCAGACACCCCAGACGAGGUGUGGGUGAGAGCGGCUUAUCUUUGGGGCUGAGCCUGUGGCUGCCCUGGGGACGUAGCCUGUUUACGGACCUCUGUCUCUGGAGAGCAAGAAUGUGCGUCACGUUGUGUGUCUCUAUACACAACCUCCUCUCUUCCUUCUUUUUCCCUCUUUCACUUGCUGUCACACAUUUCGCCGCUCAGUGUAAUCCCACUUUCGAUUUAUUUUGCGGUAUCUUCCCCCGAAGCUGUAGCUGCGCCGUAUUAGGCAAGCGGUUCUGUUUUAAUUUGUCAAAGGCUUUUGUUUACAGCACAUUGAUACAGUAAUGAGGUGCAGU